CACAUUUCCUAGCCAAUGACAAGAAAGAACGCAUCAAGCUACAGACGGUGGAGGAAACAUUCCAUCGAAGUGGGCGGGGAGAAGAAGAGAGUGACAAAGGGUUCCAGCCAAUCAGGAGAAAGGGGCGUGUCCCUCGGGGCCUACAGCUUUGUGGAGUCCGGGCUAUGCGAGCGUGAGAGAGGCCUGGGCAUGGAGUUCCCCAACCACAGCCAGAACGUGCUUCGGAGCCUGUGGGAGCAGCAGCAUGACGGCUUCCUGUGCGACUGCACCGUCCUGGUGGGCAGCACCCAGUUCCUCGCCCACCGGGCCGUGCUGGCCUCCUGCUCCGCCUUCUUCCACAUGUUCUACAAGGAGCGGCUGGACAAGCGGGACCUGGUGUCCAUCAACAACGAGAUCGUCACUGCCCCGGCGUUCGGGCUCUUGCUGGAGUUCAUGUACAAAGGCAGCCUGUCGUUCAACGACAUGCCGGUCGAGGACGUCUUGGCGGCGGCUAGUUUCCUGCACAUGAAUGACAUCGUCAAGGUGUGCAAGAAGAAGCUCCAGGCCCGCGUGCCGACCGAAGCGGACAGCACCAAGCGGGAAGAGGAGGCUCCGGGUGCUUCCAAGCUCCAGCCUCCGAUGCCCGAGUCCCAGCCCUUCCCGUUGCCGGAAAACGGCAAAAAGGAGGAGCGGAAAGGAGGCGAGAAGGCCGCUUUGGAGGAAACGGCGGCCGCCUCCACUUUGGACGUGGCAGAUACAACGCAGCCAGGCAUGGAAAUCACUCCACCACAACAACAACCACCACCACCCAUCGUUGACAUUUCUUUCUCUAGUCCCAGCAGUUCCACCGAAACGAUAUCGCACAAUAGCUUUCCUCUAGCAAAUGAAGGUUCUUCUCAUACAGAUCACGCUCCAGGCGUGUUUUAUCAGAAGGAAACAAACCGGCCUUCCGUCAAAGUCAAAGUGGAGGCCAUCGUGAUUUCCGACGAGGAGACGGACGCGACGGAGCAACUGGAAGGACAGGGAACGGAGUUGAGAUUGGAAAGUAUCUUCCACAGGUCCGCCCCGGAGGCAGGGUUACCUGGAAGGUGCGGGCGCCAUUUGGACGCCUUCGAAGACCCCGCCGGGAUGGAUGACGUGGCCUCGGAGAGCGGCUUCCUCUCCCAAGAGCACCUCCCGUACCACAUGCUCCCCAUGCCCGGCGGACAGGGCUUCUCGAACGUGGUGACGCCGCCCCUCCACGAGCAGAUGUACCUGCCGGACUUCGAGUCCCACUCCGGCUUCGGCAUCUUCACCGACGACGUGCCCACCUGCAAGACCUGCGGGAAGACCUUCUCGUGCUCCUACACGCUCCGGCGCCACGCCACCGUCCACACACGGGAGCGGCCCUACGAGUGCCGCUACUGCAUGCGGAGCUACACGCAGUCCGGGGACCUCUACCGCCACAUCCGCAAGGCCCACAACGAGGACCUGGCGGCCAAGCGGUGCAAACAGGACAUGGAGAACCCCUCGUAGGUCUCUCAUCGAUCCCCUACGAGUCGUUCCCAGCGGAGAACAAUAUUCUUUCUAUUGCCGACGGCUUUCAUGGCUGGAAUCACUGGGUUGCUGUCUCAUGAAAAUCUUUUGUUUAUAUGUUCUCUAACUUAACUCGCAUAGACUCAUUAUGUCCGUGUGACACACUUAAACACUGCCACCGAUGUACACAAAUGUGUCGUGACACGCCGUCUGAAAGCUCUGCUCUAGAUUUGACUCUGGCUCUUCAAAGAUUCAUUCGUUCGGGACAAUGCGGCUUCACAUCCAAAGCCACAUAAAAGUCACCAAGGCAAGUUUUUAAACAUUUUCCUGUUCCAUGUAUUUAUUUAUGUCCAAGCUCACCUGGGCACAAGUAAUAGGAUGUUGCGAUGGUUAUUUUUGCUCAGUAUCUCUUGGUGUGCAGGUGUCGGGUUCUCUUCUCCCAGUUGUGCUGUGGGUCAGUCUUCCACCAGAAACAGCACCAAGACACACGCUGGUAGAUUCCAACAGGUUUAAUUGUACAGAAUACCAGAACCUUCUCUUUGGCCCAUUUAUAUAGGGGUUCUCACAUACCAGAGGGUAAUUGAGGUUUUAUGGCUGGCCCGUUUUAUGGCUGGCAGCCGACCGGAGAUGUCAAAGAUUGGAGAUCAUGACAGCAGUGUCUGCAGACUGACCAACGUAGUGUUCCCAAAUAUAUUUAUUUCACGUACACAAAGGAACCUGUGCCUUACCUAAGUUGCACUGCCUCCUUCUGUUUUACGCACCCUUGCUCAUAUCCUAUUCCUUUUUUGAGCCGAUCCGGAGAAAAAACUUGCCAGCAGCCUCUGAUUCAUGGGACUUUUGUGGUGAAAUGUGUGUUUCCCAAUGUUUUCGUUCUGUAAAGCGGCCUCACUGCCAAGGAAACAACGCUUGAAAUUAAAAGUGGUGCCCUAAACGCUUAUGCGUGGCCUCUUUUUUUGUGCUGCAUGUGUCUUUGCCAUUCCCCUUUGUAAUUAUUAAAGCCAUAUUAUUAUUAUUAUUAUUAUUAUUAUUAUUAUUAUUAUUAUACUAAUACAAUAUAAUAACAUUAAUUAUAUAUUAUAUAUUAAAUGUAAUAUUACUAAUAAUUUUACCAUAUAAUCCAAAUUCUUCAUCUGACUGAACAUAUCGAGGAAGGCUAUGAGAAAGGCUGCAUUACGGAAACAGUCUUUGUGGACCUUACGGCAGCCUAUGACACGGUGCAACAUAGAAAAAUGCUGCAUAAAGUCUACCAUAUCACCCGGGACUUUGACUUCACAAAAACUGUCCAGACCCUCUUAGAAAACCGCAGCUUCUAUGUGGAGUUUCAGGGCCAGAAAAGCAGAUGGAGGAGGCAAAAGAAUGGUUUACCCCAAGGCAGCGUUCUUGCACCGAUCUUAUUUAAUAUCUUCACGAACGAUCAGCCACAACCUCCACUCACAAAGAGCUUUAUAUAUGCUGAUGACCUUGGCCUUACAACACAAGCAAAAGAUUUUGAAACAGUUGAAAAGCAACUCACCAAUGCCUUGAAAGACCUCUCCAGCUACUACAAAGAGAACCACCUGAAGCCUAACCCUGCCAAGACACAAGUGUGUGCUUUCCACCUACGUAACCGCGAAGCCAACAGGAAACUGAAAGUUACUUGGGAAGGCCAAGAGCUCGAACACUGUUUCCAUCCUAAAUACCUUGGUGUCACCUUAGACCAGGGGUCCCCAAACCAAGGCCCGGGGGCCAGAUGCGGCCCUUCAAGCUCAUUUACCUGGCCCCUGCCCUCAGUUUUAUAAUAUUAUAUUUUAUAUCACUUUUAAUAAUAUAAUAUUGUAUAUACAUAUAAUAUUGAUAGCAAUAUUAUAAUGUAAUACAAUGUAAUACUAAUAAUAAUACCAUUUAAUAAUAUUAAUUAUAUAUUAUAUAUUACAUGUAAUAUUACUAAUAAUAUUACAAUAUAGUGGUAUAAUUCAAUAUAGUAAUAUAUAAUGCUAAUAUUGUUCUAUGCUAAUAAUAUAAUAUAUUGUAUAUAGAUAUAAAUUGUAAGCCGCUCAGGGUGAGAAGGACAGGAUAUAAAUGUAGCAAAUAAAUAAAUUAUAAAUAAAUAAAAUUUUGACUUAGGCUCGCCCAAAAUCUGAAAUGACUUGAAGGCACACAACAGCAAUAAUCCUAAUUAACUUGACUAUCUUGUUGGCCAGAAGCAGGUCCACACUUCCCAUUGAAAUCCUGAUCGGUUUGAGUUGGUUAAAAUUGUUUUUAUUUUUAAAUAUUGUAUUUUUCUUUUGUUGUUGUUGUUGUUGUUUUUGCACUACAAAUAAGACAUAUGCAGUGUGCAUAGGAAUUUGUUCAUUUUUUUUUCUUCAAAUGAUCAUUUGGCCCCUCAACAGUCUGAAGGAUUGUGGACCGGCCCUCUGCUUUAAAAGUUUGGGGACCCCUGGCCUAGGGGAUAAAAGCCUCGUAACUUGAAGGAUGGGUUGCUGCCCUGAAAGCUGCCAGGUUUGAAUCCCACCCGGGGAGAGCGUGGAUGAGCUCCCUCUAUCAGCUCCAGCUCCAUACGGGGACAUGAGAGAAGCCUCCCAUAAGGAUGGUAAAACAUCAAAACAUCCGGGCGUCCCCUGGACAACAUCCUUGCAGACGGCCAAUUGUUUCACUCCAGAAGCAACUCAGCUUGCUCAUGAUACGAAAAAAAAACCUGUUACAUUUGUCUAUGGUGCAAAACUGAAAUCUUUACAAGGUCUGCAGCCUUCUCUACCAAAGAGUGUUGACGUCCGAACAAACUACGUCCCAGAAGUCGUUACAACGAGCCGCAGCAGUUCAAAUGAUGCCAAACUGCAGUAAUUCUAUUGUGUAGACCAGGGGUCCCCAAACUAAGGCCCGGGGGCCGGGUGCGGCCCUCCAAGGUCAUUUACCUGGCCCCCGCCCUCAGUUUUAUAAUAUAAUAUUUUAUAUCAGUUUUAAUAAUAUAAUAUAUUGUAUAUACAUAUAAUAUUGAUAAUAAUAUUAUGUUAUACAAUAUAAUACUAAUAGUAAUACCAUAUACUAAUAUUAAUUAUAUGUUAUAUAUUACAUAUUAUAUAAUAGUAUAGUGGUAUAAUUCAAUAUAGUAAUAUAUAAUGUUAAUAUUGUGUUAUGCUAAUAAUAUAAUAUAUUGUAUGUACAUACAGCUGCUCUGAGUCUCCUUUGGGGUGAGAAGGGUGGGAUAUAAAUGUAAUAAAUAAAUGCAGUAAAUAAAUAAUUAGUUUUAGACGUAGGCUCAGCCAAAGUCUGAAAUGACUUGAAGGCACACAACAACAACAACAGUCCUAAUUAACUUGACUAUCUCAUUGGCCAGUAGCAAGCCCACACUUUCCAUUGAAAUCCUGAUAGGUUUAUGUUGGUUUAAAUUAUUUUCAUUUUUAAAUAUUGUAUUGUUCUUUCAUUGUUGUUGUUGUUUUGCACUACAAAUAAGACAUAUGCAGUGUGCAUAGGAAUUUGUUCGUUUUCCCUCCCCAAAUGAUAAUUCGGCCCCUCAACAGUCUGAAAGAUUGUGGACCGGCCCUUUGCUUAAAAAGUUUGAGGACCCCUGGUUUAAUGAAUGAAUUAUGAUGGCUUUAACUCGGUCCGGACUAAGGUUUACGUGCAAGGUUUAUGUGGACGAAUGGAUUAAGUAUUUUAUUAUACUGUUUUAAAUGUAUUUAUGGGAUUGUUUUAAAUUGAUUGUUUUAUAUUGCUAUGUUUUAUUUUUCUAUUGUAUUGUGAGCCGCCCUGAGUCCCUUCGGGUGAGAAGGGCGGCAUAUAAAUGAUGGAAAUAAAUAAAAUAAUAAAUAAAUAAACCUA